CAACCGACCCCUAAUAUGUAUAAGUAUUUCAGUGCUCGUGCCUUGCGAUGGAUUCAGACCAUGAUUUUUGCAAUCAAGGAGAUUAACCAACGCAGUGACCUCCUGCCACAGCUCAAGCUGGGUUUCCAUAUCCGUGACAGCUGUGAUAACAUACCCGUGUCUCUGAGAGCAUUGUUGCUGUUGGUGAACGGCCAGCCAGAAAGAGGCCCCGAAGCUGAGAGUGUGAACAGGGACAAAGUUAUCAUAGGAGAUGCUGGCUCUGGGGUUUCUAUGGCUCUGCUAAGAAGCCUUGGUUCUUUCCACAUCCCACUGGUGAGCUAUUUCGCAUCCUGCAGCUGUCUGAGUAACCAAAGGGAGUUCCCCACCUUCAUGCGCACAAUGCCUAGUGAUGCCUUCCAGAUCAGAGCCCUGGCCCGGCUGGUUAGCUAUUUUGGCUGGACCUGGGUGGGACUCACUGGCGUGGAAUCUGAUUACGCUCGCUUUGCCAUCCAGCUCUUCCUCCAGGAGUCAGUGCAGUACGGUGUUUGUGCUGCCUACACUCACUUCUACCCUGUAGCCCUGAGUCAGCCGGCUCUAGAUGAGCUUCUGGAUGUUGUUCAGAUGGCGUCAUCAAAGGUCAUCAUCAACUUUUCUGGUGAGUCAGAGAUGCAGGGCAUUCUGAGAGAGAUAAGACAUCGGAAUAUAACCGGCCUGCAGUGGAUCGCCAGUGAGGCCUGGGCCACUGCCACGUUGCUCUGGGAAAAGUUUGGCGAUCUCCUGAUGGGAACACUAGGAUUUGCCAUCCGGAGAGCUGAUGUGAUUCCAGGGCUGGAGCAACAUCUCACCAGUCUCAGACCGUCCAAUAUUCAUGAAUCCGCUUUCUUGGCAGAAUUUUGGGAGGAGACCUUUAACUGUCGACUGAACGGGUCAGUGAACAGCCACUCCCACGGGGGCGACAACUACUAUGACAGAUUGCCAUGUAAAGGCACAGAGAAUUUAGAGGAUGUUUACUCUCCGUAUUCUGAUGUGACACAGCUACGGGUGUCCUAUAAUGUCUACAAGGCUGUGUAUCUGGUGGCCCAUGCCUUGCAAGAUAUGAGUUACUGCAAAGUUGGAAAGGGCCCUUUCCUUAAUAGCACCUGUGCAGACCCGAAACAUUUUAAACCAUGGCAGCUCAUCCACUACAUGAAGCGUGCUAAUUUCUCUGCACUGGGGGCGAAAGUCAACUUUGAUCAAAACGGUGACCCCAUUGCUUAUUAUGAUCUAAUGAACUGGCAGAGGAGUCCUGACGGCUCACUAGCUUUAGUUAAAGUAGGUUUCUAUGAUGCCUCAUCGCCUGCUGGAUACAGCCUGGUCAUAAACGAUUCAAUGAUUCAGUGGCCUGUUGGGAAGCAGGCUUCCCGGUCUGUAUGCAGUGAUAGCUGUCCUCCAGGUUCACGCAUCGCUAGGAGAAAAGGGGAACCCAUCUGCUGUUUCGACUGUGUCCCCUGUGCUGAGGGAGAAGUCAGUAAUAAGACUGAUUCUUUAGAGUGCUCCCGCUGCUCAGACGACACAUGGCCCAAUGAAGUCAGAGACCACUGCAUCCCAAAGACUAUUGAGUACCUAUCCUACCAUGAGUUAAUGGGUAUGGUGCUUUGUGUUGUAUGUGUCCUCGGAGCUUGUAUUUCCCUCUCCAUCCUUGCCAUAUUCUUCACAUAUAGAGACACACCCCUGGUUCGGGCCAACAACAUGGAACUGAGCUUUCUCCUCAUGGUGUUCCUUUCUGUCUGUUUCCUUGUUGGCCUGCUGUUCAUUGGUGAGCCUUCAGACUGGCUUUGCCGUAUCAGGUACCCCGCAUUCGGGAUCAGUUUUGCCCUCUGCAUUUCAUGCCUCCUGGCUAAGACAGUAGUGGUCCUAAUGGCUUUCAGGUCCACAUUGCCAGGAAGUAAUGUCAUGAAGUGGUUUGGACCCAGUCAGCAGAGAGCCAGUGUACUUUUAGGAACAGCUGUACAGGUAAUCAUAUGUCUUAUCUGGCUGCUCACCAGCCCACCUCAUGCCAACAACAACACAGAUUACCACAGUGCUAUCAUCAUCAUCGAGUGUGUCACUGGUUCAGAAGUUGGCUUCUGGUGUGUUCUUGGAUACAUUGGCAUCCUGGCCUGCAUGUGCUUCCUAAUGGCUUUUCUGGCUCGGAAGCUCCCUGAUAAUUUCAAUGAGGCAAAGUUCAUCAGCUUCAGCAUGUUGAUAUUCUUUGCAGUGUGGAUUACUUUUAUCCCAGUUUAUGUGAGCACAGCUGGAAAAUACACAGUGGCUGUUCAUAUUUUUGCUAUUUUGGCUUCAGCGUUUGGACUUCUUUUUUGCAUUUUUGCUCCAAAGUGCUAUAUCAUAAUGCUGAAACCAGAAAAAAACAGCAAGAAAAACAUGAUGCAAAGGUGAAAACAUUGCAUGUACUGAUAAUGAGGUUACAUCCUGUGCAUUUGGAAAGUCAAUUUUUUAUCAUUUUGUUAUAUUGCUGUCAACAUUUUUUCUCUCAUCAAUACACUCAAUAACCCAUAAUGGCAAAUUUAAAACAGAAUUUUAGAUUUCUUUUUGCAGAUUUAUUACAAAAGAAAACCUGAAAUAUUCCAUUGACAUAAAUAUUCAGACCGUUUGCUAUGACACUCAGGUGCCUCCCAUUUCUCUUGAUCAUCUUUGAGAUGUUUCUCCAUUUUGAUUGGCUUGAGGUAAAUUCAAUUGAUUGGACGAGAAAUCGAAGGGGUCUGAACA